UGUAGUAUUUGUUUAGAGGCCGACCUCUUUUGUCGUUUCCCGCGUAUUAUCCUGUCAUUUCGUGACAUUUGUUUUUUUAUUAGCUGCCAGUGUUAGUGUAAUUGUUUUAUAUGGUAAAGAAAAAGAAAGAUAUUAUCGUGCGAUACUUUAUAUAGUGAUGUGAUAUUUCUAUAUCGUGAUUUUUUGUGAUAAAAUAAUAAAUAUUUAUUAUAGAAAUGUCGAGUUACGGCAGCACCACUCCCCCAGACGAAGGCUUCGAUAGAUAUGAGCCUCCAUUUUACUGUCAACAAACCCAUCAAGGUAGUCCGAUGGAUGGCGGCAUCUACUGGCCCAAUUCGGGUGAAGUUCACGAGUUCGAUUCCCAAGAUAUGUAUCACGACACGAAUUUUAUAAGCAGAAGUUAUGGCUAUGACGAAAUGCAAGUAUCGAACGAGUCGUAUGAAGGAUUCCAUCAUAAUAUAAUACAUCAUAAUUUUUCACAAAAUGCAGGAAUGGACUGCGACAUGCAAUCUCUGCCACGGUACGACCGCGCGCAGCCAUCGUUCGUCCGAGUUGUCAAACGGAGAACCACAGCUAAUAAAAAGGAAAGACGACGAACACAGAGUAUAAACACAGCGUUCACAGACUUGAGGGAGUGUAUACCCAAUGUGCCGCCGGAUACGAAACUGUCAAAGAAAGAAAGACGUCGUACUCAAAACAUAAACACAGCAUUUACUGACCUAAGGGGCCGUAUACCUAAUGUCCCGCCCGAUACAAAACUGUCCAAGAUAAAAACACUUCGACUGGCGACAUCGUACAUCUCUUACUUAUUGAAGGUGUUGGAGAGUGACGGCGAACCGGCGGGCGGCUUCAGAGCCGAGUUGCAUCACAAUCCACCACGUAGACGGACAAAUGAACAUGGACAGAACUCAGACAAGAAAGGCAAAGGUAGGACGGGAUGGCCGCAGCAUGUUUGGGCCUUGGAGCUGAAGAGCGAGCAGAAUCUUCAAAGCUGAAUAUUGAAGAACUUUUAGAGGCCUUUAUCAGGAAUUAAAAAAAAACAUACGAUAUUUCCAAUUUUGUGUGUUUUAUUCGUGUCCGAAAUUAGUGGGUUUUUCUUCAAAUUUCUCGAAAAGAUUUUUAAAUUAAAUCAUUUAUUUUGUAACGAGAUCUAUUUCGGAGGUAACUAAACUAUUACUAAUGUACUAGUAUGGACCUAUUACGUUCGUAUUCGUAUCUCUGGUCACAAACUCGUCUUGAACGCUGUCAAAUGCGUAACUUCAGUCUUCAUACAG